GGAAUUAUCUUUAGACAGUGUAUUCACUUCAAGUGCUGCUGCUGAUUUAGGUUAUAGUGAAACACCGACACCCUCUCAUACAAUGGAAGGUAGCAGUACAUACAAAACAGAACAUUCUCCAUGCCCUGCAGAUCACACUACAUUGUCAGGAUCUCCUACCAACAGCAGUGUAGAUGCUCCAGUCGAAAAUUUAAAAGUUGAUUCUAAUGAUUUCAGGAAAAAAACUGGUGAAGUGCAGAAAGCCGGCCAUACAACUCCAGGAGGCACCAGCAGUGGUGUGAGUUCUUUUAAACAACCUCCGUCAGAGCCAAAUAUUGACUUUGAACUAGAUGUUAAGGUGUUUUUUAACAGUGGUAAAUGUGUUUUACAUACAAAAGAUUUUAAUAAAGACAGAGAAGAAGAAUUUAUGAAAAGAUCAAUGAGGAAAGAGCGUAGCUUUUCUGGUGGAGGUUUUGAUUUGUCUUCUCCCAGUCAUGCAAAGAAACGCCAUGGUAGUGGAAUGAGAAAUAACAUGUCUGCAUCCCGUUUACGUUAUGUUCAAAGUGCUCCUACAAAUCAAGUAGCUGACUUUACGAUAUUUCUGAUACCCGGGCUAGAUGUUAAAGUUCAUUACAAUUCCAAAACAGUGUCUGAUGAUAGUCCAAUAACAAGUAUUAAUGGAUCUGUGAAGUAUUGUUCUGACAUUGAUCAAAAUACUCUUGACUCCCUGUCCUAUCGUUCAUCAUUGUUAGCUGUUGACCCACUGCAACUGAGUGGUAGUAAUCUCAGAAAAGUUGGAAUUAAGAAGGCAUGCCUCUUUGCUUGGGUUACGCUGCAGAGUAUUCCAGAGGAAGCUGUUGUAAGUCCGCAUAUAUUGGAUUUUCUUGAACAAGCACUAGAGCCAAUACCAAUUCAAUUGACCAAAACACCACCUGUAUUAG